AUGCCUUCUAUAUUUCUCUCUGGCGCUACAGGUUACAUAGGAGGGUCCAUUUUGAAUUCACUUCUAUCACUUCCUUCUCCUCCUGAAUCCAUCACAUGUCUACUUCGUGAUCCUACCAAAUCAUCUCGUCUUUCCUCACUUUCCACCCCAAAAACGAAAGUGAUCCCUUUCAUAGGUUCUUACUCCCCCCAAGAUCUACCAGCAUUGACAGAAGAAAUCUCUAAAUAUCCUGUCGUCAUCGAAACCGCUUCUGCCGAUGACGUACCCGGUAUCCAAGCUAUCAUCUCAGGUAUGAGAAUCUAUCAUCAAAAACAUGGACAAAAAGUAGUUUUCAUACAUACCAGUGGUACUGGUGCUCUACAGACAGAUGAUAGAGGUGAAAUUGAAGGAAAAGAUAUUUAUACGGAUGCUUUGAACCCGGAAAAAGUUUUACCGGGAACUAUUUGGGGUAAACCGGAAGGAAAGGUUUAUGAAAUUGGAGUAGCGAAUGAUACUAGUAUACAAAUACCUAAAUUGGUUGAAAUGGCUGUGAGGAGGGGUCAAGCUGGGUAUGUUGGGAAAGGUGAAAAUGUCUGGGUUCAUAUCCAUAUCCAAGAUUGUGCAGACCUUUACACUCUUCUCUACACCCUCAUCAUCUCAGGUCAUCCUGUUCCACACGGUGCUGAAGGUUAUUACUUCUGCGUAGCUGGUGAAUAUCGUAUUCGUGAUGCUGCCAUAGCCAUCGGGGAAUCCCUAUCAGCUCACGGUUUGGCAAAAGAAGGUGCGACCACAUUCACAGAUGAAGAACUUGACGUUUUGUUCCCUGGAAAGACAUUCAAAUGGUAUCUGAGUACCAAUUCUCGUGCUAUCGCUCCUAAAUCUUUGAGUUUGGGUUGGAAGACUGAUAGGACGAGUUUAAAGGGGUUCUUGGAGGAUUGUAAGAGUGAAGCGGUCAGGAUCGGUAAAAAGACGAAAGGGGUGUAA